AUGCUAGGACAGGAGUUGUCCCUGUGUGGUGCUAGCUGGCAGGGCAUGCUGGCAAUGCCACUGUACCAAAUACUCAUGCAGCUUGUUCAAGAGAAGGGGAGACAAGUCCAAGAUGCAAUGAAAAGCCUCCCAUUCAAGGCCUUGCCAGGAAUGAUCCCCAGAAGACAUGGCCAGCCUUCCCACCACUUCAACACUGGCUGCACCAGCUCCAUUGACCAGUCAAUGAGCCAAAUGUCAAAGGGCACCAAGCCAAAAUCAAUCUGCUGGUCCAUCCAAAGUAACAAGCCAUCAUUCAUCUCCUGGCCCAUGGACUGGCCACCCCAUGCCAAUGAUCCAUGCCAUUGUGAUGAGUAUUGGGAAGAGGUUACCAUCCUCAAGUGGGAGAAUGCUGACAUGAGGCAGGAGAUAGAAGUAACCUGUACUGAGCUUGCUGCUCUCCAUUGGGUGGUAGAUGCUAUCUGUAAUCACCUAUUCCCAGCCCCAGAUGUGCUUAACCAUCCUCUGGUCCCAUUUCAUGCUACUUCCAACCCUACACUGAGGUUCAAUCAUCCUGAAGCAGCUCAAGACAGGAGUCCACUGAACCCCCCCUGGCUUCAUUCAAGGGAGGUGCCAGCUCGGAAGUACCUCCUUCAAAUGUUGAAGCUGUGCAUGGACCUGCUGGAGGUCUGGCAAUCUCUAUUACUCCACCACCACCAGCAGUCAGAUCAGUGCCCAGACAGGAAGAUGCAGCAAUAUAUUCUAUAUUGUAACAAUGUGAUCUCCAUGGAAGAAGUAGCUACUGCUACUGAUACUGGAAAACCAAUCUGGUAUGGUGAUGUCUGCACCAAGGCCAUGGUGUUACAAGUGCUAAGGGCCAAUGGAGUCAUGUCUUCUGGUCAUUACCAGAGCCACCAUUGUGGUAAUACAUGCAUCUCUGGCAUGGUACCUGGUACCAGUACAUACAUGCACUGUGGACCUGCUCCCAGGAGGUCAGGCAGGUCAGGCAUGGCAUGGUAUAAUUUCUGGGCAGGCCUCCAUGGCAUUGGCAUUGGAUGGUGUUCAUGGCAUUGGUGCCAGGACAGCUUGACUGAUGGCCUCAUGGCAUUGGGGAUGUGCUGGAACUCAUUACAAUGGUGCUGUGACAGCCUGCAUGAUGGCCUCAUGGCAUUGGGGAUGUGCCAGAACAUAUGGCAUAGGUGCUGGAAUGGCUUCCACAGCAUUGGUGUUGUGCCAGAACACAUCACAAUGGUGCCAGAAUGGCUGCCAUGGCAUUGGUGUUGUGCCAGAACACAUUACAAUGGUGCUGGAAUGGCCUGCAUGAUGGCCUCAUGGCAUUGGGGAUGUGCCAGCACUCAUUACACAGGUGCUGGGAUGGCCUGCAUGAUGGACCUGUGGCAUUGGGGAUAUGCCAGAAUACAUGGAACUGGUGCUGGGCCAGCCUCCAUGGCAUUGGUCCAGUGCUGGUACACAUUACAAUGGUGCCAGAAUGGCCUGCACAAUAGGCCUCAUGGUUCCAUGACAGCUUCCAUGGCAUUGGUGUUGUGCUGGAACACAUUCCAAUGGUGCUGGGAUGGCCUGCAUGAUGGCCCCAUGGCAUUGGGGAUGUGCUGGAACACAUGGGCCUGGUGCUGGUUCCAGGACAUUUUCCAUGAUGGCCCCAUGGCAGUGGUGAUGUGCCAGAGCAUGUGGCACUGUGCUGGCCAGGACAGCUUCCAUGGCAUUAGUCCUGGGUUGGUGUUGGCCUGGCUCACAUUGCAUUGGUGCUGGGAUGCCUUGAAUGGCAUUGGUAUUGGGUCUGCCCACAUGGAAUCAAUGCCAGGACAGCCAGCAUGGCAUUGGUGUUGUGCUUGCCUGCAUGGCAUUGGUAUUGGGCCUGUUCAUAUUGCAUUGGUGUUGGCCCAGCUCACAUGGCAUUCAUCCCAGGAUGGCCUGCAUGGCAUUGGUGGUGGGCUGGCCCACAUGGCAGUGUUGCCAGGAUGGCUAGCAUGGCAUUGGUGUUGGGCUGGCUUGCAUGACAGUGUUGCCAGGGGUGAACUCAGGGGCUGA